UAAGCCUCGUUAUAAAAGAGACAAGAAAGGCACCGCCCGCGUCUCUUGUGCUCUCGCCCUCUCCACUUCCUAUUCCAAACGAAUUCCUCGAAGCUGCUCACGUCUUCGGCCUCCGCUUCUUGAUCGAGAGCUCGGAGGAGGGCUCGUCUCGCGGCCUUGGAGCUCUUCAGAAGGGGGUAUUGAUUCGUUCGUUUACCGCUAGAAGGGUUUAGAUGGGCCUAGAAACGUUUCUUGGUCCUGGUAUUGUACUCACAAGAUCACAGGCUCCAUGCAAGCCUCUGAGUUCCUAGGACUAUCGUGAAGCUGACUGAAGUAACAUAAUGGCUAGUUGAAUUGUUUUUGCAUUUUCUUUGGAGUGAAAUGGCAAAUAGAAGGUCCUGCAAAAGGGCUCUUGUUGAAUUCUUGGAUGGCAAUGAUGAUAAUGAUGCUGAAAAAGUGUACAGGUUUCAGAUUCUGUUGCCAAAUGGCAUAAGUACGCGCAUAGCACUUCAUGAUCCAGUGGAGGAGAUGCUUAUUGAUGAGUUUAUAUACCAUAUAAGAAAGGAGGUGGAAAAAUCUGCAAAAACGGCACAUGGAGAAAGACGGAGGAUUCUGUGGAAUGAAGACAUAUAUCUUGAAGAUAUGCAUGAUAACAAGAUUAAAAAGAAAUUAUGUUUCAGACAUUUUAAAAUCAAUAAAUGUCACAUAUUAAGGCUUCAUGACGGUGCAGGGCGAUCUGUUAAUACUUUUCAGAACAUGUGGGACUUGACACCGGACACAGACCUUCUGGCAGAACUUCCAGCAGAGUAUACAUUUGAAACUGCCCUUGCCGACUUGAUUGAUAAUUCAUUGCAGGCUGUGUGGUCUAAUGGUUCUGGUGAAAGGAGGCUUGUUAGUGUAAUGAUCAAUGAACAGAAGAUUGUGAUUUUUGAUAGUGGCCCUGGAAUGGAUGGUAGUGAUGAAAACUCUAUAUCAAAGUGGGGAAGGAUGGGUUCAUCCAAUCACAGGCCAUCCAGGCAAAUGGCUAUUGGUGGAAAAGCCCCAUAUUUGAUGCCUUUCUUCGGUAUGUUUGGUUAUGGCGGGCCAAUUGCUUCAAUGCAUUUGGGAAGGCAUGCUGUGGUUUCUUCCAAGACUAAAGAGUCCAAGAAAGUGUAUACUCUUCAUCUUUCAAGAGAUGCUUUGCUAAACAAAUCUACUCAUAAAUGUAUUUGGAUGACUGAUGGUGGUAUUAGGGAUCCCUUGGAGGAGGAAAUCAAAAUAUCACCUCAUGGAAGCUUUACCCGGGUUGAAAUCCAAGAUCUAAAGAUUAGGUUCUCAGACACGUUUAAACUUCAAUGUUUUCUGAAGGAUAUCUACUUUCCAUACAUCCAGUGUGAUGAAGAGCACACCUCAAGAAAAACGACCAUGCCUAUCGAAUUCCAGGUGAAUGGCACUGAUUUAGCUGAAGUUCAAGGAGGGGAGGUUGCAGUCACUAAUCUGCAUUCAUGCCAUGGUCCUGAUUUUGUUUUACAAUUGCAUUUUGUGCUAAAUCAAGAAAACAUAGCAUCCAAGAGCCCUGGUUCGGUUGUUUGUCGACAAGCCAAUGCACGAUUGAGAUGUGUUUACUUUCCAAUUGUUGAGGGAAAAGAAAGCAUUGAAAGAAUUAUCGAAAAGCUCGAGGAAGAUGGAUAUGGGAUAAAAGAAAACUUUGAAAACUUCUGUCGUGUAUCUAUACGUAGACUUGGUCGUCUACUUCCUGAUGCUAGAUGGCAACCACUACCUUUCAUGGAAGCAAAACAAAGAAAGGGGGAUAAAGGACAACUGUUGAAGAGAUGCUGCAAGAGGGUCAAAUGCUUUGUUGAGACUGAUGCUGGCUUUUCUCCAACACCAUCUAAGACUGACUUGGCUCAUCACGACCCCUUAACACUGGCAUUGAGGAAUUUUGGUUAUAAGCCUUCUGCAAGAGAAUCAGAGGCAAUUAUUAAAAUACAAAAAGAUGGAAAACCAUUGAAUUUGUCACAACUGGAGAAGGAGUAUCAAGAUUGGAUAAUACAGAUGCAUGAUAGAUAUGAUCAAGAAAUAGAUGGUGGUGAGGAUGAACCUGUUCUUGUUAUUAACCCUUGCAAUAAAAAGAAGCUUGGCAUAACAUCUGAUGUUGUAAGAGUGCAUCGAGCUAUUAGAAGGAAGGGGUUAUCAUGGAAAUCAGGCCAGAAGGUUAAAAUUCUUAAAGGAGCAGUUGGCUGCCCAAAAAACAAUCUCUAUGCAACAUUAGAGUAUAUCUUGGUUGAAGGAUUUCAAGGAGAUGUGGGUGGGGAAGCAUGCCUGAUUUGCAGGCCUUUGGGUUUCCCACAAGAACAAGGAUGCUCUCUUAUUUUAGCUGAUGGAAAUGCAAGUUUAGACAUACAAAAUUCUCUAUCCUUUCCUAUAAGUGUAAUAGAUACUGGGAAGUUUCAAGCCAUUGAUGUUACUUCAUGGAAUUUCCAACUGGCAAAGCAGAAGGGGAAGGUUCCUUCUGCAAUUGACAUACUGACUGGUAAAGAAUGUUGCCUGCUUCAGAUUGAUGGGGAACUACCUGUUGAAGCUCCAGUAACUGCUGGUUGUGUUCCUCCUGCUGAAAUCGUAGCAGUUAUUAGACCAGAAAGUUUUAUUCAUUCCAGUUCUCCUAAUAGCUUAGAUCAGAAAUAUGUUUUGAAGGAUGAACUGGAGAUGUCUAUGAAAAUUAGACAUAUGCAUGAGAGUCAAGGUUGUCAAAAUGUCGAAUUUGUUCAUGCAGAAUACAUGAAACCUUCCUCACGCAAUGGGAUUCAUGGAUUAUAUAUAUAUUCUCUGCGACAAAAACAUCCUGAUCUCUUCUGCAAAGCUGGUGUCUAUAUAUUUUUGUUCUCGGUUGUUUGUAAGGAUUUAAGCUGCAAACAACUAGAAGUAAGGGUAACUGUUAAGCCUGAUUUAAGGGUACAAAAGUGGAGAGUUAUGCAUGAUGACCAUGGCCCUCUUACUGAUAAUUCAUCUCUCGUCGUUCGGGUUGGUUCUUAUAUUUCAUACCUUUCUGUUGGAUGCUUUGAUCUAUACUCAAAUCAAAUUCCAUUCUCCAGUCUUCCUGAAGUUGUGGUUAAAAUAUAUGCAAAUAAGCUUGUACUUGUCCGUGUUGACAAAAUGAAGAUGGUGCUAUCACCUAAUCAGUUGUUACUGGAAAUCACAGAUAUGCUGAUUGAAAGCCAUUAUUUGGAUAUGAUUAGACCUAGUAAUGAAGCUAUGUUGGAGGUAUCUUCCCAAGAUAGAGUGCUGUCUACUACAGUUGCUUGCAAAGUCAUGCCGGGUCCUCCAUCCUCUGUUGAGAUGCAAAGUACUCCUGGAUUGGAAAAGAAUUUAGCUCCUGGCAAAGUUAUUGACAAGCUUGUGUUGGAGAUGUUUGAUGCUUAUGGUAAUCAUGUUGAAGGAGGAGUAGAAGUCUCCAUCCAUCUUGAUGGACUUCGUUUUCAAGACCACUUGGGUUCAAUUCGGAAGGUGAACAAUCAAGGUUGUGUGACCCUCAGUGGUCUACUGAAAGUAGCAGCUGGCUAUGGCUCAAAGGUAUGUCUUUCUGUUUUUUCUGAUGGCAAAUUGGUUUUUGAGAAGAUGCUCCAAGUGGUGAUGAGGGAAUUGAGAGUGGCGUCGGGGGUUCCUGGCUAUUGUAAAGCAGGUUCCCAUUUGGAGAAUGUUGUCUUUGAAAUUUUUGAUUCUGAUGGCGUAGUAGAUGAAACCAUACAUGGUCAACAUCACACACUUACAAUAAAGUCGGAACCACGGAAAUUGGAUGACACAAUUCAGUAUACUUUCCAGCAUGGCCGGUGCAUCGUGCCUGUUAUUCCAGUUCCUCAAGAAUCCGGGACAUUCCACAUUGUGGCUUUUCAUACACAUUUCCCUGAUCUGCAAACCAGCAUUGAGAUCUAUGUUAUGCAAGCUCCUAAAUUAGAGUUAGCCACUGUGACAGAUCUGGGUGCUAGCAUCUAUCAAUCUCAGUUUUCGAAUGAUAGUAUCUCACUCGUACAGGAAUCAUCAGAAUGCCCCUCCAGUCAGAUGGACCUUUUUGUCCAGUCGAUAAUGGAUGAUGCCAAGAAACUUGAUGAUGGCAUGGCUGAAGUGGGGCUGCGGAUAAGAGAACGUGAGAGCAAACUAAAAAUGCUCAAUGAUCAAAAGACACAGAUUGGAAAAGAAAUUUAUGAUCUGCAAGUUCUGAUGGGACCUCAACACUCGAGUCAGGUUGACUCAUUGAUUAAUGCCAAAGAACAAAUCACCAAACAAAUAGAAGGGAAAAGUGAUACUGCUGCUGCUGUUUUCUGCAAUCUCUCCAAGGCCAUUCAAAUUCAAGAACCUCAAAAACACUUUAUGGAAGAUGUUGUUGGCCUUGUUUCCCUUCUUGGAACAGUUAGCAAUGGUAACCUCAGUAGGAUAUUUGCUGAGUAUUUGGGUGAAAAUUACAUGCUUGCAAUUGUCUGCAAGUCAUAUGAAGCUGCAAGCGCUUUGGAGAAGUAUGGUGAGGAUGGAAAAGUUAAUCGGAAUUCUGCUCUCCAUGAAGUAGCAGCUAAUCUUGGAAUCACGAUAAAUAGGCGAUUCUCUGUGAUUUGCCUUGAAGAGAUAAGGCCAUAUAAAGGUGAGAUCAUAAAUAACGAUCCUCAAAGGUGGCUCGCAUUGCCUGAUCCACUUCUACAGUCGGGUGAGACCCCAGCUGGAUUUAUAGGAUAUGCAGUGAAUAUGAUCAACCUUGACAUCCAAUGCCUAAAUACAAGAACAGCUAAAGGUUAUGGUCUUCGGGAGACCUUGUUUUAUCGGCUGUUUGGAAAGCUGCAGGUGUAUCAAACCAGGGAACAUAUGAGAGUGGCCAAAACCUGUAUAAAGCAUGGUGCAAUUUCUCUAGAUGGUGGGAUUAUGAGAGAGAAUGGAAUUAUUUUGCUUGGAGACUGUGAACCAGAGGUGGUAUUUCCUGUCAUUAUUUUUCAAUCUCCAAUGGCACUCUCGGGGAACAUGAUUGAUGUCCACAAGAAGAUGGAGGAGAAAAAGUGUUUUUUAGAAGUUAUUGAUGAACAGAUGACAAAGGAAAUUGAAGCACAUGCAAAAGAACUGGCCAGGUUCAAAAAGAAAAGUGAACGUCUGUGUGAGGUUUUGGCAAGGAAAAAAAUUUUGGACGAUCUUUUGGAGUCUCCCCCCUAGUGUACAAAAUAGCGCCCCAGCAAUUGUCAAGAAAUUUUCAUGUAUAGAUAUCUAUCUUUUUUUCUGCGAAGAUGUAAUGGCUCUCUUUUUUGGGUAUAUUUUAUUGUGGGCCUAACGUGGGAUUUUUUGGUAGAUGAUAACCAUUUGGUGCUUUAAGAGUGUGAGAGAAUAGUGUACAUGAACGUAAGAACUAGAAUAGCUUGUAAAUAAUUUAUCUAGUAUUGCUAUUUUUGUAUACAAGAUCACAUCAGCAUAUCAUGGUUUUGAAGUCUCAUAUUUCUUUCA